GACGCUAUUGCGCAUAAAUCGUUUUUCCCUGGCUUUCCUAAACGUAUUAUUAAAGGCGAUGCGGACAAAGCAUUUGCGGAAGCUGAUCAUAUUUUAGAAGGAGAAAUACGUAUAGGCGGCCAAGAGCACUUUUAUUUAGAAACAAUCGCUGCUAUUGCCGUGCCUCGUGAAGAAGAUGAAUUGGAAGUAUUUUGUUCCACACAACAUCCCACUGAAAUACAGAAACUAAUCGCUCAUGUCUUAAAUAUACACAUAAACAGAGUUAAUGUUCGUGUAAAGCGUAUAGGAGGUGGAUUUGGUGGGAAAGAAUCUCGUUCGACGUUACUCACGAUACCAGUAGCACUUGCAGCACACAGAUUGCAGAAACCAGUUCGUUGCAUGCUAGAUAGAGACGAAGACAUGAUGAUAAGUGGAACACGACAUCCAUUUUUAUUCAAGUAUAAAGUUGGAUUCAAUAAUGAUGGUCUUAUCAAAGUCGUAAAAGUACACAUAUAUAAUAAUGCAGGUUAUUCUCUUGAUUUAUCAGUAUCGGUAUUAGAACGCGCCAUGUUCCAUUUUGAAAAUUCAUAUAAAAUUCCUGUGUCAGAAGUGUACGGAUAUGUGUGUAAAACGAAUUUACCAUCGAAUACAGCUUUCCGAGGUUUUGGUGGACCACAAGGAAUGUUUGUAGCUGAAACUAUCAUUCGGCAAAUCGCCGAUUAUCUGAAUCUAGAUAUCGUCAAGUUGUCCGAAUUAAAUUUAUAUAAGAAAGGCGAUGUGACGCAUUACAACCAACAACUUGUCAAUUGUACUCUAGAUCGUUGCUGGCGCGAAUGUCUAGCGUCUUCACGUUAUAAUGAAAGAAUGAUCGAAGUUCAACGUUACAAUAGAGAGAACCGAUUUAAGAAAAAAGGACUCGCAGUUGUACCUACGAAAUUUGGUAUAGCAUUUACUGCAUUAUUCUUGAAUCAAGCAGGUGCAUUGGUGCACAUCUAUACUGAUGGUUCAGUUCUAAUUAGUCAUGGUGGCGUUGAAAUGGGACAAGGUCUACACACAAAAAUGAUUCAAAUUGCUAGCAGAAUAUUAAAAGUAAAUCCAGCCAAGAUACAUAUCGUCGAAACGGCCACCGACAAAGUCCCUAAUACAUCUGCAACUGCAGCGAGUUGCGGAUCUGAUCUCAAUGGCAUGGCUGUUAUGAAUGCAUGCAAGGAACUCAUGAACCGAUUACAACCGAUAAUUAAUAGUGAUCCAGAAGGUACUUGGGAAGAGUGGAUAAAAGUAGCAUAUUGUCAAAGGAUUAGUCUGUCCGCUACCGGUUUCUAUCAAACGCCCAACAUAGGAUAUUCUUUCGAAACUAAUACAGGCAAUCCCUUUAAUUAUUUUACGUACGGUGUUGCUUGUACAGAGGUGGAAGUUGAUUGUCUUACUGGUGAUCAUCAGGUUUUACGAACAGACAUUGUCAUGGAUUUGGGAGAGAGUUUAAAUCCAGCUAUCGAUAUAGGACAAGUUGAAGGAGCUUUCGUUCAAGGAUACGGUUUAUUCACAUUAGAAGAAAUGAUUUACUCACCAACAGGGACCUUAUUCAGCAGAGGACCUGGCGCAUACAAAUUACCAGGCUUCACCGACAUACCUCAGGAAUUUAAUGUUUCUUUAUUAAAAGGAGUUUCUAAUCCAAGAGCAAUAUAUUCUUCUAAGGCUGUUGGCGAACCACCGUUAUUUCUAGCAUCAUCUGCGUUUUUUGCUAUCAAGGAGGCAAUUAAGUCUGCGCGUAAAGAUAUGAAUAUUCAUGGCUACUUUAGACUUGAUGCACCUGCGACUGCUGCACGUAUACGUAAUGCCUGCAUAGAUAAUUUAACAAUGAAGAUUACAGAGCCUGAUUUAAAACGGCAAUGGAAUAUAGUACCGUGAACAAAGAAAUCCGCAAGAACAUAUUUAUAAGACUUUUCAGUUUUAAGGAUAAAGAUAUUAAACAUUCAUUUAAA